AUGGGGUCUCUCCCUUCUCAGUGGACACAAUUCUGUGGGCCCACACCACCAGCAGGGUUAACUGCACUGUCUAACCAGGCAAAUGGUUGUGUUUCCUCUCGCAGGUCCUGGCAAUCAGUAACUUUUGAAAGACAGCCUGCCUCCUUCAUCCGAAUCGUAGGAACACACAACACAGCAAAUGAGGUGUUCCACUGUGUCCACUUUGAGUGUCCGGAGCAGCAGAGCAGCCCAAAGGAGGAGAGCAGCGAGGAGUCGGGGCCAGGGGCCACCAGCCCGGCCAGCCAGCUCAGCCCACAUGCCCUGCGGGCUCUCAGCGGCCGCUCACUGCCCUCCAGCCCCGCCUCCAACUCACGCUCACCCAGCCGGCAGCACCAGUAAAGAGGGCAGCAGACGUGGUGUGACUCAGUGGGCCCCAACGACAGCAGGCAUGAUGAUGUCCUCCCUGAACAGGAUCUUUGUUGACUGUCCCCCCACUGCCCCCAAUUUCCAGGGAGGAGCAGACCUGGCUGCAAAAGCGGACACAGAACAGGUUUCUCCCAAGGACAGAAAGGGGCUGCUUUGUUCUCCUCCAUUUGUUCAAAUCAGACUGGUCACCAGGGGGAGAAAAUGGGUCUUCAAUCUUCAUCAAGUCCACCAUUAACACCCUACCUCUCUAAUUUAGUCCAACGAAGGGAACCAGGGAACAGAAGGAAGUAAUAGUCAGGCCCAUGUCGGAAUACAAAAAUGGCAUGUGAACACUGGGACGGAAGAGAACAUAUUGGGCCUUUAUUACCUGGAGGCUCCCGUUAGGAAAUGGGUUUCCAUA